GGGCGGCUGUCAGUCAGGUUGAGUUCUGCUUACCGACAACAACAACCGCAACCCCUCCCCACUUUCGGAUAUUUACCUCCGGAAAAUUACCUGUGUUUUGAUCGGUGUUCGCACAGUUCUCCAGUUAAAUUUGUUUCAUUGUGGUCAGUGUUUUUAUUGUGGUGUGUGUUUGCGUAUUUCAAGGUGCUUACAUAACCCGAGAGGUACAAAAGCCGGUUCACAAACAAGCUUGCCCCUCAGUUAGUGUGCUGAUUAAUCGUGGUGCAGAACAACCAAACAAGAUGUCGCGCAAUCCGGCUGAAAAUCAACUCAAUCUGCACAGGAACAACCUGAAGGAGAGCAACACCUCCGUCACGAGCAAUGGCGCCCCGGUCGGAACGAAGACGGCCACGGUGACCGCCGGCGAGCGCGGUCCGGUGCUGCUGCAGGACGUGCACUUCCUGGACGAGUUGGCCCACUUUGAUCGGGAGCGCAUUCCGGAGCGUGUGGUCCACGCCAAGGGUGGCGGCGCGUUCGGUUACUUUGAGGUGACGCACGACAUCACCAAGUUCUGCGCGGCAAAGGUGUUCGAGAAGGUCGGCAAGAAGACCCCGAUGGCGGUGCGCUUCUCGACGGUGGGCGGUGAAAGUGGUUCGGCAGAUACGGCCCGUGACCCGCGCGGUUUCGCCCUGAAGUUCUACACCGAGGAUGGCGUGUGGGAUUUGGUGGGAAACAACACCCCGAUUUUCUUCAUCCGUGACCCGAUCCUGUUCCCGAGCUUCAUCCACACCCAGAAGCGUAACCCGGCGACUCACCUCAAGGAUGCGGAUAUGUUCUGGGACUUUAUCUCGCUGCGGCCGGAAACGACUCACCAGGUGAUGUUCCUGUUCGCCGAUCGUGGUACUCCGGACGGUUUCCGGUUCAUGAACGGAUACGGAUCGCACACCUUUAAGAUGGUCAACGCCGCCGGCAAUCCGAUCUGGUGCAAGUUCCACUUCAAGACCGACCAGGGCAUCAAGAACCUGGACGCCAAGCGUGCCGAUGAACUGGCCGGUUCCGAUCCGGAUUACGCUAUCCGUGAUCUGUACAACUCGAUCGCCAAGGGAGAAUUCCCCAGCUGGACGCUGUACAUCCAAGUGAUGACCUUCGAGCAAGCCGAGAAGACCAGCUUCAAUCCGUUCGACCUUACCAAGGUUUGGCCCCAGGGCGAAUACCCGCUGAUCCCAGUCGGUAAAAUGGUCCUCGAUCGCAACCCAAGCAACUACUUUGCCGAAGUCGAGCAGAUCGCGUUUGCUCCGUCUCACCUUAUCCCCGGUAUCGAACCAUCCCCGGACAAGAUGCUCCAGGGUCGUCUGUUCUCGUACGCCGAUACCCAUCGUCACCGCCUCGGAGCCAACUACCAGCAGCUGCCGGUCAACUGCCCGUAUCGCGUGUCGAUCAAGAACUACCAGCGUGACGGUCCGAUGAACAGCACCGACAACCAGGGAGGCGCCCCCAACUACUACCCGAACUCGUUCGGCGGUCCGGAACCGAGUGUGUUCGCCCACAAGCUGCAGAACACCCAGCAGCCGUGUGCCGGAACCAUCCACCGUUUCGAAACCCCCGACGACGACAACUUCUCCCAGGCCACCGUGUUCUACCGCCAGGUGCUGGACCAGGCAGCCCGUCAACGUCUGGUGGACAACAUUGUCGGCCAUCUGAAGAAUGCCUCGCAGUUCAUCCAGGAGCGUGCCGUCAAGAACUUUGCCCAGGUUGAUGCCGAUUUCGGACGUCUGCUGAACGAGGGCCUGAAGCUGCAGCGCUCGGCCAAGAUGUAAGGUGGUCCCGGAAGAGGUGCAAAACAUUCACACACACAUACAAGCUUCAAUAUUUUUUAUCGUCUUUAUUGUCCUAAUUUGUACCACCAUUUACCUACAAGAAAAAGGGUUUACGGAUUACACAUACGGAAAUAAAGGAUGAGAUUUUUACAUAUUUUUAAUCAAAAGGUAAUUUUUAUAUUUUCUAUUCUAGCUGUUAACAUUCUAUACAUGGGAUAUUAAGCGAUUUCAAUAAAGUUUAACGAUUUCCUACAA